AACCUGCCACAGCGGAAGUGAAAGCAUCAGACAUAGCGGCCACUGAAAAAGGAUGUAGAGUGUUUUAUAAUUUCUCGUUUUCAAAUCGUUGACGCUAACAAAAAAUGAAUGUUUUUAUCUACAUCGUCUUACUUUUCGUAAGUGCCGCGUUUGCAAACAAAAGCGGGGACGAUGACUGGGUGAAUCUGCCAAAUAAAUGUGAAGUGUGCAAAUUUGUAAGCAUUGAGAUGAAGUCCGCAUUUGAAGAGACGGGCAAAACGAAAGAAGUCAUUGAAACCAACUACCGCUUUUUGGAUGAUAAAGGCGCACCCCCCAUCAAAUAUGUCAAAUCUGAUAUUCGUUUUAUAGAGGUGAUGGAGAAUGUUUGCUCCAGAAUUAUGCAGUACAAUCUGCACAAAGAGAGAGAUGGAAGCAAUCGCUUUGCAAAGGGUAUGUCUGAGACCUUCUCCACCUUGCAUAACCUCGUGCAUAAAGGCGUGAAGGUGGUUAUGGACAUUCCUUUUGAACUGUGGAAUGAGACCAGUGCAGAAGUGGCUGACCUCAAGAAACAGUGUGAUGUGAUGGUGGAGCAGUAUGAAGAUGUAAUUGAAGACUGGUAUAAAGGCAAACAAGAGGAAGAUCUCACAACCUACCUGUGUGAAAAACACGUGCUGAAAGGACAGGAUACAGCCUGUCUUAAAGAGAAAUGGAGCGGGAAAAAGGGGGACACGGUGGCCAUCGCAGAGGACAAGAAGAAAAAGAAGAGCAAGAAGAAGAAGAGCAAAGAUGGCGAGGAUAGUCAGAAAAAAGAGAAGAAGGUGAAGAAGAAGAAGAAGAAGAAAAAGUCCAAAAUUUCAGAAAGUGAGAAAAACAAGCGGAAAACUGAGGAAGCUGGAUAUAGCUCGGAUGAGGAGAUUCAAAAGAAAGUUCCUCUUGGCCAGGAUAAAACUGAACUCUGACAUGUCUCUUAGGUGUGAACAUUUUUGUUUAUUUGUUUUGAGGACUUUUGUCCCUUUGACAGCUGAAUCUCUGAUAUACCUUCAAUUUCAGUUUAGUUUAGAAAAUAAUAAUUCGGAGGUUCAAAAUGCCGUUGUCAGAUCCAACAAAUAGCAUCGACCAAUCAAAUCAGAGCUUUUAUUCAAACCUUUGCUUGUGUUUGGGCACAUGCUGGUACAUGUUGGUAAUCUUUGAUACUUUUUCAGAUUUCCUUUUUUUUUAGGAAAAAAGAAGUCUCGUGGACCAUCCCCCAACUUUUGUUGUCUGAAGUAUAUUUUCAAUGAUAUUGUAGGCUCUGCUGACUAAUGAAAAUAAAUUUUAUUUGAAGGUAAAAUAACAAUAAUCUACCAGGCCUACUGUCAUUAAGAAAAACAUAUAUCCGUCUUUGUUUCUUGUUUACUUGAAGUGUUAAAGGGAUAGUUCAACCAUAAAUUAAAAUGUUGUCAUCAUUUAUUCACCCUCAUUUCAUUGAAAACCUGUAUACGACUCUUUUUUUUCCCUGUAGAAAGCAAAAAAGAUAUUUUGCAAAAGAAAGUCAUAGAGGUUUUGAAUGACAUGAGGGUGAGUAAAUUAUGAAAUAAUUUUAUAUAUGGGUAAACUAUCCAUUUAUUUUCAUGCUGUAAUGUUAUUCUGGUUUGGCUGGAAUUUUGAAUAUUUUCAUUCAGUAUUGUUAUAUUGAAGUCACACAGAUAUAUAAGCAUAAUUAAUAUUUUUCCUGUCUCAUAAAAAUAUUUGUGUGAUUCAAAUUCGCAUUGGAGGGGUAUUUCAAUCCAAAUUUUAUUUAUCACUUUCAAUUUGGCAUCUUGUAAGGCUGGACUUUCAUGUCCCACUAAUUUUACUCACAUGGUAAUACAGAUAAUGGUACAAACAGAAAAAGCGGUUUCGCAAUGCGAAAGUUGUGACCUUUUCCUUUUUGUUUGACCAAAUAAGGCACAAAUUUUGCCUGAUCUCUUCAUAUUUGUUUUUGCUUUUGCAGUGUUUACGUAUGUGAUGUCAGUUUCCGGGAAUGUUCGAGUGCAGUGUUUCUUUUAUAUUUUUCUCAACAGUAUUGUUUACUUUAAAUGUUUAUCUGAUAAUCUAUGUUGCUGUUUCCAAAAGCUGUGUGUGUGAUUGUGAAGCCCCACAGGUGUCUGUAUGCAGACACAGAUUACCUAAAGCGAAGCUUGCGGAUGAAAGUUAUUGAUUUGGGAUUGAACUGUACAGUAUAUGCAAAUCUAAUGGGUAUAAAUAUGCAGGAUGCGUUUCUAGCCUUCAGGUCAUUACUGUACAGUAGAUGGUGCUUUUGAUAAGCGUUUUAUGAAGUGUAAUGACAAAUGGCGAAUAAAAAAUAAAAACAAAACAA